AUGUCUGAAAAAGCCAGCUGUGAAUAUGGCACACCUAAGUAUUACGCGCUUUGUGGUCUCGGUGGAGUUCUAAGCUGUGGUCUCACACACACCGGAGUAGUCCCAUUGGAUCUGGUUAAAUGUCGUUUGCAAGUUGACCGAGCUAAAUAUAAAAAUAUUUCUCAUGGAUUUAAAAUCACCAUUGCCGAAGAAGGCAUACGAGGUUUAGGAAAGGGUUGGGCACCAACGUUUUUUGGGUACUCUCUCCAAGGACUGGGAAAAUUUGGGUUUUACGAAGUGUUCAAACACAUAUACAACGGUUUCCUAUCUGAAGAAAACGCGUAUUUAUGGAGAACAUCUGUGUACCUGGCGGCCAGUGCCAGUGCAGAAUUUUUCGCUGAUAUUAUGCUUUGUCCCAUGGAAGCUGUGAAAGUACGAAUACAAACAAUGCCGGGUUGGGCUAGUACACUCAGAGAAGGUGUACCAAAAAUGUACAGAAAUGAAGGCCUUGUUGGAUUCUACAAGGGUCUUCCUCCGCUAUGGGGACGACAAAUUCCGUACACAAUGAUGAAGUUCGCUUGCUUCGAACGCACUGUGGAAGCACUGUACAAGCAUGUUGUACCAAAACCACGCGAAAAAUGUUCGAAAAGUGAACAGUUAGUUGUAACUUUUGCAGCGGGUUACAUCGCGGGUGUAUUUUGUGCUAUCGUAUCCCAUCCUCCUGACACAAUAGUGUCGAAAUUAAAUAAGGAUCCAAAUGCACGCCUGGUGGAAGUUGCCAAAAAUUUGGGGCUAAUGGGUAUGUGGAGCGGAUUGGGUCCUCGUAUUAUCAUGAUUGGAACAUUAACAGCCUUACAAUGGUUCAUUUAUGAUGGCUUUAAAGUAGCUAUGCAGUUGCCGCGUCCCCCACCUCCAUCUAUGCCGGAAUCAUUGAAGCAAGUGCAUUGA